UGAAUCUUCCUAUUUAUAAUGCAGACUUAUGUUUUCUCUCAAACCUUGGUUGUUAAAAGUCUACCUUCAUCUCAUCUUUCAUUGUCAUUUAUCCCCUUCAGACAAAAAUUCAUGUCUUUCUAGCAAUCUCACUACUUUAGCUGCUUGAAGGUCCAUUUUCAACUCCAUAAUUGAAUCAGCGGAACACAUACGAGUUUCAGCACUUAAAAGUGUUUAUCAGCACAUAAUCCUUAUCAGCUACUCUGAAUCAGCUAAGCCAAACAUGCUCUAUAUCUCUCUCUUUGGACCUAUGAUCCAGCAGUAUAGCCAUGGAAACAAGUGAAGUGAAUGAUUCAGCAAGGGAUUAUUCUACUGAAGUACUUCCACCCCUUAUCAAAUUCAUUUCAGAUGAAAUGGAUGAUUUUGAUAUCAUAAUAGACAAUGAUCAUAUUAAUAAUCAUCUUGAUCAAACUGGAUCUAAUUUUGUGAACUCGUCUAUCGGGGGAACUGAAGCCGCUGCGGAACGACAGCAUGAAAGGAAGCAUUCAGUUUCCAUUAGCAUGCCACCCUCUCCUUUGGCAGCUCACUCAUUAAGCCAAAAAGGAGUUGUCUUCAGUGAUAAUAAUGAGAUUAUAUUCAGCAAUAUUGACACUUCCAAUUUUGCUGCUACAUCAACUGAUGCUGGUACCAGACAUAAUAAAAAGGUCAAGUUUUAUUCUCAGCCAAUGCCAAGAAAUACUGCAUUUCCUGAGGCUCCUGCUGUUGGGAAACUUCCCAGCUAUUCAGACUUUCCAUCAAUGAAUACCAAGAGUAUUAAGCAAAGGGAUCCAAGGUUCAACUCUUUCAAAACAUGGUCUGGUAAACUUGAGAGACAAUUAACAAAUUUGCGUGGAAAAAACCUGGAAGCACAGCAAGAGUCGAAUACUGCAGAGAGAGAAAAUAUCCCUGUACAUCGAUACUUUGAUGCGUUGGAGGGACCAGAAUUGGACACUCUACGGGCUUCUGAGCAAAGUAUUCUUCCAGAGGACAAGAAAUGGCCAUUUCUUCUUCGAUUCCCUGUUUCUUCCUUUGGUAUCUGUCUUGGUGUUAGUAGCCAAGCUAUUAUGUGGAAAGCUCUAGCCACUUCUCCCUCAACAAAAUUCCUCCACGUAAGCUUGAACAUGAAUCUUGUCCUUUGGUGCAUAUCUGUGGCCCUUAUGGCCAUUGUUGCAUUCAUUUAUGCUCUGAAAAUCAUUUUCUACUUCGAAGCAGUUCGUCGGGAAUACUAUCACCCGAUACGUGUUAACUUCUUCUUUGCUCCUUGGAUUGCACUUCUAUUCUUAGCACUAGGAGUUCCACCAUCAGUUACUAAAAACCUGCACACAUCUCUGUGGUACAUUCUUAUGACCCCAAUCUUUUGCUUAGAGCUGAAGAUCUAUGGACAAUGGAUGUCUGGAGGACAGCGAAGGCUCUCAAAGGUUGCCAGUCCCGUAAAUCAUCUCUCUGUCGUUGGAAAUUUCGUCGGUGCUUUGCUUGGUGCAUCCAUGGGACUAAAAGAAGGCCCAAUAUUCUUCUAUGCUGUUGGAUUGGCUCAUUAUUUGGUCCUAUUUGUAACUCUUUACCAAAGACUUCCAACAAAUGAGACGCUGCCAAAGGAGCUUCACCCUGUCUUCUUUCUAUUUGUUGCUGCACCUAGUGUUGCUUCUAUGGCAUGGGCAGCAAUCCAAGGGUCCUUUGAUUAUGGAUCUCGGAUUUCUUAUUUCAUUGCCCUCUUCCUUUAUUUCUCACUGGCUGUUCGUAUUAAUUUCUUCCGAGGCUUCAGGUUUUCAUUGGCGUGGUGGGCGUAUACUUUCCCCAUGACCGGAGCUGCUAUUGCCACUGUCAGGUACUCAACCGCCGUUACCAACACAGCGACAAAGUGUCUAGCAGUCAUACUUUGCUCUCUUGCUACACUCACAGUAACAGCACUGCUUGUGACAACUAUCAUCUAUGCCUUUGUUCUGAGAGAUCUCUUCCCAAAUGAUAUUUCAAUUGCAAUUAGUGAAAGAAGGCAUAAAACAACUGGAUUAUGGCAUCUUAGAAGAUUUGGCAGCUCAGAUGCCAAUGAUAUUGAGCAAUAUCUUAAAUUUGUAGAUUCUUCAGAUGGAAAAGACAUUGAGGCUUCUCUUACACAUCCAAACUCUAGUACCAUAGAGUUGAGCAAUGAAGUCCGUCAACAAUGAUGAAACUUUUCGUAAAAUUCUUUUAAAGUUUUAAUCAAGUGAGGAACACCAAGAUUUUGGCUGUUCCUAUGAACUUGACGGAGAAAAAUAAAAGUGAAGGUUCUUGUAAUGACGUACAAACACAAAUUUAUUCGAGGGCGUUUCCAAAUUUCAACUUUUUCCAUGUGUAAACCGGAGAGAUGAGUGUUCCUAAUGCUUUUGAAGGUCCUUUUAUCUGUCAAUUUAGUACAUAGCUGUCUUGUGAAUUUUGAUGGUUUGCAGGAAAUAGUUACAUGACAAUUUCGUCGUUGAGUUUACUAGGUGCAAAUUCUGGGACAUAAUCAUUUAAUUUUGUGCCAAACCAAACUUUAUUUUCAUGUAAUGAAAGAUUAUUGCGCAUGUAUAUUAGUUUGCUUUACUUGCAGGCGAA